AUGCAGCCCCCGUAUCUGGAUACCGUCUGUCGGGAGAUAUUGCGAGUACAACCCCUUCUCACGAUCCUGGAUCGCCUACGUGGCCUUGCCACUAUCCGAACCGAUACCAGGACUCAACGGCAUGAUGAUGAGCGAGAUACCUGUCCCCAAGGGCACCAGAAUAUUGUUGGUGUUGCGGGAUCAAACCUCAGCAAGGUACUCUGGGCCGAGGACUCUCUGGAGUGGAAGCCCGAGCGGUGGCUGUCGCCUCUUCCCAGCGCUGUCACUGAAGCGCAUAUUCCUGGAGUUUUCUCAAACCUUAUGACGUUCAUAGGUGGCGGUAGAGCGUGCAUUGACUUCAAGUUCUCCGAAAUGGACAUGGGUGCUUCCCUCUCAUGCGUAGGUGGAUUGAUGAGUCCCCUUCCCUAG